AUGACUAGUUGGAAUAAGGGCAUGACAGGUGUUUGUUUACAGAAACAAAAAAGUUUCAUUCUAAAUCACAUAAAUCCUCGUCCUUAUAAUUUUUAUGAGAGGUUUAAUUAUCGUAAUCGUUCAAAUGCUUAUGAACUGCGACUAAACCAGGCUUUGCAAGAAGCUCCACAAUCAGAAAAAUUAUUAAAUUUAAAAAGAGGCUGGGAAAUGUGCGAAUACAAUAACGACUGGGUUUGUUAUGAGGAUGAGAAAAAUAUCCGGAAAACCGAUAAGGAAACUCAAGGCACACGUUGCAUUAAUGAAACUUUGGACGAAAGGCUGAACAUUAAAAAACCAUCUGACAAAUUGGUAUCAUCUUCUAAAGAUCAUGGUGGAGCUUCAAAGAAAACCACCAAUAGACAAUUUAAAAACCAAAUUGGUAACAUUGAUAAUAAGGAGAAUGAGGAGGAUGGUAGUGAAACUGAAGAAGUUAACGAAGCCAAACGUCUUGCAACCGAAGAACCAACCCGAAUGAAUAUAAUACUUCGUAUCCGUCAAGAAGAUGGUGCUUCAAUCAAGAAAAAGGAGCCUUCAACCAAUAUAACCAAGUACAAUAUAGAAGAGUCAAUACCUGUCGAGGAAUGCGAAGAAAUGGAUUAUGUAAAAACAAUAAAGUAA